AUGCAACAGUCUCCCAAACCCCCAGAUAAUUCCCUGCACAAUCAGAAUCGCACCUUAUCCUUCCACUCCCUCCUAAACCUCGCAUCUCUAAGUCCUUUACGUAACUUUUUAGCCCGCGCUCCCAUUUCAUCAAAUAGUUCAUCCACCUCCUCAAUCAGCACACCAGCCCCUUGUAUUCCUCAGAUUCACCCUGGCGAGUACGAGACCUACAAAUCCGUCAACAAACUCCUUUCGACAUUCAACUCUCGUUCCAUCGCUAAAGCCCGUCGGGCAAAUGCCAAAUCCAAAGCCCAGCUUCUCCAUAAUGAAGAGGAAGAUACAUAUCGUAGUAUUCACUGCGGCGAUCAAAACUGUUGUUUUUCCUCUCCCUAUUCAGUUUAUCGCACACGUUCAAGCCUAUCCUCAUCUAUUACGCGAUCUAAAAAUAUCCGAUCACAAUCUCGAUCUCGAUCCGUUUCGAAUCCAAAUUUACGGCUCGCCAGUUUGAAAGGCGAUGAGAAAUCCUUAGCCCCGUCUGUUUCUUCAUUAUCCCUACAUCCUUUUCGCAGAUCCCUUACUAUUACUGGAAGUUCAAAACGGUCGACUUCUCUUUUUUCAGGAAGUCCACCGCCAUCGGGAGAAUCGCUACGGCCUUUGUAUAAAUAUCCUGAGCCGGUUGGACCGAGAAGUUCUAGUUGGUUGAAUGGACAGCUAGGUAUGGGGGUGGAGAGGUCGAAAAGCGUUAGUUGGACUCUAGAUAUGCCGGUCAAUCGUCGAAGAAGGGACAGUCAGCAUUAUCGACCGAGUAGCUUAUCUCGAUUUUCAUGGACGGCAGAGGAUAUUGAAUUGGGUUUGAUGAAAGAAAACAUAACUGUGAAAGAGAAAGGCGAAAGGGAAAUUGCGUACGAAUGGGAUGGAGCUUUUGGAUGGACACAAGCUUGUAAGGAAUGUGGAAGAGAAAGAUGUGUCAAAUGCUCAGGGAUUGUGUUUGAACAGAUUGUUGAGGAGGGAGAGACCGUCACUGGGGAGGAAGGGAUAUUUAAUAUUUGUACGCCGUGUGUACAUGGGUUUUGUCCAGGGACAAAAAUGUGGUUGAGAAUUAAAUGUAGGACGUGUGGAGAAGUAGGAUGUUUAAGGUGUAGUAAGAUAUAUGUGAUGGAGAGUUAG